GGCUGGUGUGAAGCAUGUGGUGGUGCUGACUGCGGCGCCAGCGGAGGGCGGUGCUGGCGGCUCCUCCAACCGCGGUGGGGCCUUUGCCCUCCCCUCCCUGGCGUCCCUAGCAGCUCACCUGGGCGGAGGUGCAGCAGCUGCCUCCGCUCGGGAGCUCCGAAACCUGGCGGAUGAAGCCACGGUAGCUGCCGUACGAUCAUCCGGGCUGCCGUACAGUGUCGUACAAGUGUACGGCUUGACUCAUACUACAGGUGUGGGUGCUGCUGCUGGCGGUGGCGGGGACCCUAGCCUGCCUUCGGGAUCCCUACCGUUGCCCGGAGGAGGAGUGACACUAACACAAGUGCGAUUUGGGUCGUCGGGAGCACGGCAACGGCCGCAGGAGCAGCCCGUAGCUGGUGCUAGCAGCGGGAGUAGUGGGAGCAGCAGCAGCGGCAGCAGCAGCAGUGCCGGUGGUGGCGGCAUCAGUCGUGAGGCUUUGGGGGUGCUGUUGAGCUGUCUGGUGGACUUGCCGCCUGGAGGUGUAAUAGCUGGGGGUGUAAUAGCUGGGGGUGUAGCUGGGGGUGGAGAUAGCAGUGGCAGCAGCAGCAGCGGCAGUAGUGGCAGCAGUAGCAGUAACAAGGGCAGGGGGCGCACGCUACAGGCACAGCAGGAUGGGCGUCAGCAGCGGCAACUGCAGAGCUCAGAGCAGCUCACUGCUGCGCUGCGGGAGCUUGUUCAUGAUUGAGGACAACAGCAUCGCCGACUGAUGGUUUGGGUGAUUGCAGAUGAGUUGUGACCCAUGGGUCAUGGUCACCCCCUACGUUCCUUCUCGCCCGUUUCCUUGUGUAAUAAUGCCAAGGCCCAUGUCGGCAUGUGACUCAUUGCAUGCAUUGUAGGGUGGAAGGGGGUGCUGUGUACAGAUAACUGGCCGCAAGUAUGUAGGAACGUACUGGACUGUCUUGUCGGAAGGUGCGGUGUGUGUGUAGUACUACAGUCCGGUAGCGAUGGAGGACGUUUAACAGUGGACAACAUUACCCAAGGAAGCAUGGCCCCUGUGUUGGGUGUUUUCUACAAGAUAUAUUGUCGGAGUGCCAGCAGGAGGAACGGAGGAGUGCCUAGGGGAGGAACGGAGGAGUUGUAACAUAGUCCCUAAAGGACACAUGGCUCG